UUCAUGACCGAGUACUAAAAUUACUAACGUAUGUUGGCGAUCCCGCAAUAAUCAACAAAUCACCUGGUGGACAUCAGCUGUUUCAUUGUUGUCAAUGGCUCUUGAAAACCUGCUAAAAUAAAGUCUGGUAACAACACGUGUAUAAUAUGGACUCUGAGGAGGAGAGUUCGGACGGUUCUCACUUCUCAGAUGAUACAGUGCAUGAAACAAACAGUAAUUGGUAUUACCUCCCAGAUUCCAUUCUUCUACAUAUAUUUCAAUAUCUCUCUGCAAGAGAGCUGCUAGAUGUUGGACUGACAUGCAGAUCCUGGUUACGUGUUAGUUAUGACGAGUUUCUGUGGAAAGAUCUGUUUUACUAUAAUUUCAAAAUUGAUCCAUCUAUAAAGAUUGCUCCAGGCAAGACAUCAUGGUUGGCUGAAUACAAGCGGCUUUCUUACCACACGCCUGUCGUCCAGACUGAAGUACUGAAGGAACAUUCACAUCAGGUUCUUCAUGUCAGCUUUGCUCACAAUGGAAAGAUGUUUGCAACCUGUUCAAAAGAUGGAUAUGUUCUGGUGUGGGACUCCAGCUAUCCAGCCAGUAUCAAGUAUUAUCAUGACAUGAAGACUUUCAGCUGGAAAUACACACAAUUUUCACAGUUCAAUCAAUCUGACACACUGCUGUUGGUGUCUGGGGUUCACUUUGGGACACCACAUAGCACCUCAGGAGAAAUAGCAGUCUUCAGUCUGCAAGCUGGCUUUAACUUGCAAUGCAGAGUAAUGAACAAGCCAUAUGACAUCUUUGGAACUUGGUACAGUGAUCAUCACCUGUUGUCUGGUGAUCUCCACUGGCUUGCACAUCUUGUCAGCACUUCUAUUCUGUGGCUGAAUAAAGCAUCCCAGGAAUCAGAAUCAGAACUGGUACCUAUAAUGGAUCAGCUGUACAAGUUCUACAACUGCAAUGCCAGUUCUAUCCGGGCUGUUAUGAUUGCCAACUGUUUGGCUCCAUCACCACCAGAACUAGAUGCUAUUCCUAGUGGAGCUGAAGCCCAAUCAGGCAAGGGACUGGGCAGCUGUGAACGAGGAAAUCCUCCAUCCCACAGGGAGAUAAAUAAUCCAUCAACAUCAGGUUAUGUCUUACCAACUUCUUCAAGAGAACCUGCUGCAGCAGAGGAUGAAGUAACACCUGAAGUAUUCUAUGCAGUCUCAUCUAGACUUCAGUGCAGCACACUUGAGAGUGCAUUCUUAAACUGGCGUCGCUUAGGUGAUGGAACAGAUUAUGCGUGCCCCAUUCAAUACAAUGCUGAAUACCGCCAGGUGGAAACACAAGGCAAGGGAGAAAGUCCUCCAGAUAGUGUUUCUGAGAACAGUGACAGUGAAGACAACCACAGCCUUGUCCCAGAUGAUGCUGAGCUUGAUGAAGGGAGUUCUGGCGUGUCAGAUACGUCGAUGGAGACUGAAGAAUGUGCAAGUGAAAGUGAUGAUCUGUCUGAACACGCUGAGAAGUACCUCAUAUUCACCACAGGCUCUAAGACAUACACCCCACAUCAAAUAGGGUUUAAACGCAUCAAGUCCGUGUCUUUCCCUUGUAAGCUGGAUCCAGGGCCGUCUCUUCAUGCUGGACUUCCACAUCCAGAGCCCAACUGGUUGGUAUAUGAAGAAGUUGCGAACAAGUUUGACAAAGUUGAUCAUCUCAUCGACCUUCACGGUCAUAUUGUAGGCAUGGGACUUUCUCCAGAUCACAGGUACCUGUAUGUAAAUAGUCGUCCGUGGCCAAGAGGUUACAUGAUAAAAAAUCCUCUUGACCCACCCCCUAUUGCUCAGGAGAUUGAUAUCCAUGUCAUCGAUCUGGUUACACUCAAGGAAGUAGGAACAAUGCUCCGGGCCCACAAGGCAUACACUCCAACCAACGAAUGUUUCUUCAUCUUCUUAGAUGUAUGCAACGAAUAUGUCGCAAGUGGAGCAGAAGACAAACAUGGAUAUCUCUGGGAUCGUCACUAUGGAGUAUGUCUUGCCAAAUUCCCACAUAUUGAUGUUGUCAACUCAGUAGCGUUCAACCCUCACGAUCCUGAGAUGCUCGUUACCACUUCUGAUGACUAUACAGUGAAGGUAUGGAGAUCCAAAGGCAAAGUUAAAGAACUGAGACUUGAGGAAAGCAAUAGGGGAAUGGAAGUAAGGCGCAAAACAAGAUGCAGCCACAGAUCAAACAUCCCUCCUUUAGGCCGAGUAAUGAAUACAGUUUAAAAACUGAUACCUACUCAUAUAUUGUCUUGAAGAAAAUAGUUUUUGAUGUAAAAUGGAACAUUUGUUCUUGUAAGUAUAUGACUAAUUGUAUUUAUUUUCAGUUAGGUUAAAAUUUGAUAAUAUGAAACUGGAUGUAUGAUAACAUAAAACAUUAUUCCUCAAAUGCAAUGGUUCUCUCAUCAAGGUAUGUGGCCUUGAUUAACCCGGGGUUACUGGUAAUGGCUCCUCCUCACUUGUUGCUGUUUAAGAGUCAAACGGGAUGAAAAUUAGAAACCUAAAAAUCUGAUGCCUAUUCUUAAAAUGUCAUUCAUUCUGGGACAGUGUUGCUGUCAUCCAGUAACAAGACUUUAUUACUCCAUACCAUGUUUACGCUGAAUGAUAUAUUAUUCAUGGUAAAAAUUCAGCAUCGGUGCGUUGAGAGAAUACAGAAUACGAAUACCUUAUUGAAAUAUUGUGAAGUCAAUGAGACGAUAAGAAUAACAUUUUGACUAUAAAAUUAUGAUGCAGGAUGCUGAUGUAACAAAAGAAAAUGAAAGUACAUUUCCAUUAAUCAUGAUACUUCACAGUAAGUACUGUCUGUUCAUAUAUGUGCCUGAAAUUCCAAUUAUUUGAGAGAUGAGCUAUACCCAAAGGGUUCAGAAGCAGAAAGUGAAGCUAAAUCCUGCCUGCGUGGUUCACGGUAAAACAUUAAUUAACUGGCAGGAAAUGUAAUUUGUGAAAUCACUAACAAAUGUAUAGCAUGAGGUAUUCAUUAAUUAAGUGCAAGUGAAUGAUAUUAUAGGAGAACAUUACAUUUUUACACUAUUAAUGCCAGGUACACGCAUUUCUGUCAACUGUAUGUUUGUCACAAGUUUACAGCUGAAGAGGAAAGUAUUGCGACAUCUUGCAGUUCGUUAGAGUGCUUCUUGCAAAGGUUAAAGUAAACAGCAUGGCAUCAGAAACAAUGAGAGGAUUUUUAAAUGUGAAAUUAGUAAUCACUGAUGCAUAUACCAUUCACAUUUUGAUGUUCUUUGUUAUCGCUUCAGGUGUUACCUUGAAGUAGCAUUUCUGUGUAGUUACUCAUUAAUGGCACCUAAUUUACAGAUAUUACAAACUGCAGAAAACUGUCUAAGUCAUCAGUUCCGUUCACAUGCAGGAAGUAUGCUUGUGCAUUAACAUCCUGUUUAUUUUAAGAAUGGCAAAUGUAAUGCAAGGGACAGGUCAAAAAUACAUGUGUGCUAGGUGGUUAUUAAUAUGUUAGAAGCACGUUGAACGAGGUAUCAUCGAUUUGGUGACGCUGCCCGUUUUCCACGUUAUCUUCCGCAUUAAGAAUAACAAUAAACUGUAUAUGAAAAUGCA